CUUUAAAAUUUUCAUAUAGUAAUGGAGGUUACCCCUGUACAUAUGAUAGCUGCAGUUGAAAAGAAUGGAGGUAUAGGUUUAAACGGAGCUCUACCCUGGAGAAUAGAAGAGGAUUGGAGAUACUUCCUAAAUCAUGUUACUAGGGACGGGUCGGAGAUAUGUGAAGAGAAAAAAGAACGUCUGGUUUGGAUUUUUGGAAGAAAAACCUGGGAGACAACAUUCAAGCUCGGAGGAUUACUUCGAGAACAGAUAAAAAGUUCGUUAUUCUGCAUCAUUCUCUCAAAAUCGGAAUCUUCCAUUAAAGAAAAUCAAAAUCAAUCGAGGAUUGAUCAACUGAACCCCGAUCGAUCAGAGCAAUCGAUAGAUCAAUUGGAUUGUCUGGAAGCUAAAGGAUUGGACAAGGAUGAAUCCUUCCUCCCUGAACAUAAGUUUGCGACCAACUGGAAUGAGGUUCUCGAAAUAAUUUCUGGGCUGGGUAGGGUCUACGCAGCGUGGAACCUGGGAGGUCCAGGAGUCUACGCGGCUCAAUUGACUUCCGGUCAUCUGAGAAACACACGGUUGUAUCUUACCAGAAUAGAUAGAGAAUACAAUUGUGAUUCAUGGUUUCCUAACCUAGAUCCCUUCUCCGUAGAUAUACUUCAAACUAGGAACCAACUGGAAUUACAAGAAGUUCAGUUUACCCUGGUUAAAAACAGGACCAGUGCUACAGAACAAGCUAAAGAUGGUAUAAAUCUUUCCUACCAGAUCUAUGAAUUUAAGCAAAAAUAAAUUAUAUAAUUUA